AUGGCCUCGUUGCUGAAGGUGGAUCAGGAAGUGAAGCUCAAGGUUGAUUCUUUCAGGGAGCGGAUCACAAGUGAGGCAGAAGACUUGGUGGCAAAUUUUUUCCCAAAGAAGUUGUUAGAACUUGAUAGUUUUUUGAAGGAACCAAUCCUAAACAUCCAUGACCUAACUCAGAUCCACUCAGACAUGAAUCUCCCAGUCCCUGACCCCAUUCUUCUCACCAACAGCCAUGAUGGACUGGAUGGUCCCACUUAUAAGAAGAGAAGAUUGGAUGAAUGUGAAGAGGCCUUCCAGGGAACCAAGGUGUUUGUGAUGCCCAAUGGGAUGCUAAAAAGCAACCAGCAGCUGGUGGACAUUAUUGAGAAAGUGAAGCCUGAGAUCCGGCUGCUGAUUGAGAAAUGCAACACGGUCAAAAUGUGGGUACAACUCCUGAUUCCUAGGAUAGAAGAUGGGAACAACUUUGGCGUGUCCAUUCAGGAGGAGACAGUUGCAGAACUGAGAACUGUUGAGAGUGAAGCUGCAUCUUAUCUGGACCAGAUUUCUAGAUAUUAUAUUACAAGAGCCAAAUUGGUUUCUAAAAUAGCUAAAUAUCCCCAUGUGGAGGACUAUCGUCGCACCGUGACAGAGAUCGACGAGAAAGAAUAUAUCAGCCUUCGGCUCAUCAUAUCAGAGCUAAGGAAUCAAUAUGUCACUCUACAUGACAUGAUCCUGAAAAAUAUUGAGAAGAUCAAACGACCCCGGAGCAGCAAUGCAGAGACACUGUACUGA